AUGGCGGAAACGGAAGGAGGUUACAGAAACGUGUGCUCGCUGGAGACCCUGAGAUCCGGCAAGAAAGGAUUCUUCCGGGAUUUCAGCGAGAACGUGUCCAGAGUGGCCGGAGAGCAGUGGAUUUCCAAGGUUUUCGGACGACUGACUAGCGACGAGGAGCGGAUUCGAACCAUUUUCACCGACGGCAAGAUAAAGGACUCGGUAUCGGAGACGUUGAACAGGACGAGUAUUCUGUAUCGCGAGAAAGACGGGAACGCGUCGAGGACGAAGAGGCUGGAAGGAUUGGAGGCUGCAGCCGCGGGCGAACGCCGGAAGGCUCUCUUGCUUCUCAGUCAAGCAGUUCUUCGGGCUCCUUCCCCAGGGAAAUGUCGGACGAUCGAUCGAGGAUUCGGAUUGCCGCUCGCGUUUCUCGCGAGAGCCGAUCAUUUCCUAGCGUCGGACCAACCGGCGCUCGCUCUCGAGGAUUUGAGCUUCGUCGAGGAGAUGAAUCGUGACCUCCCGGCCGAGUUGAGAGUACAAUUUGCUCGGACGAAGGAGACGUGCGAGAAGCGGAAAGGAGAGAACGAGAAGAGUGUCGUGCCGACCGAGAGCGAGAAACGAUCGAGAGUUGGUUUGGUCGUAGCGUUGCCUCGGCUGAGCGGUGGCAGAAAUGCCCGACUACCGGCUGCUUCGGCGCUGUUGGAAAUCGAGGAGACAGAGAUGGCGGGCAAACGAGUGAUCGCGGCCAAGCGCAUAGAUCCCGGAGAUCGAUUGGUCGUGGAAGCGCCGCACGCGUCUACCCUGUUACCGGAAUUCUUCGGUACACAUUGUCAACACUGUUUUUCGAGGUUCGUGGCUCCAGUGGGCUGUUCGGAUUGCAGCAGCGUCGCGUUUUGCGGCAGAAAGUGCAGAGACGCGGCGAUGGCGAGCUACCACAAGUACGAGUGUAAAAUUCUCGCACUUCUGAUAGGCUCGGGAAUGAGCGUUUUGAGCAUGCUCGCUCUGCGAAUGGUGACUCAACGUGGGGAGACCGGUUGCUACGAAAUCUAUGGUGCGUUGAAUCAGCCGGAUGUCGCAACCGAAAGGGUAACUACGCGGCCGUUGACCACUGCCGCGUCGGAUGGUCCGACGAAGCAAAGCAAAUCGGCGAAACGUCGUUCCAGGCGGAAGAGACUGCGUAAUACGAGACGCGAGGGUGGAACACGAGGUGGGACGGAGGAGGAGGAGACGGAGCAACAGAGGAAAAAGGAAAACCCACGAGCCGACGAAGAUGACGCGAAAGACGUCGACGAUGACGUCGAUCUGCGAGUAUACGAUCUCGUUACGCACGAGAAACGAAGAACGGCCAAGGACUUUUUCGAGAGAUCUCUGAUGGCGGCCUUUCUUCUCAAGUGUCUGCAAAGAGUUGGCUUUUUCGAGAAAACCACGAAAGACGAAGAGACGCCCAAUGAUCGAGAGAUCGCGGUGGCGAGCCUACUGCUCAGACAUCUUCAGCUGUUGCAGUUUAAUGCCCACGAGGUGUUCGAGACGCGACUCGGAGCGGAGCAUCGCUUUCGCGGUAGCCGGCCCGUGUAUCUCGGUGUGGCUAUUUAUCCCACCGUUGCGCGUUUUAAUCACGAUUGUUAUCCGGCGGUGACCAGAUACUUUCUCGGCCGAUUUAUCGUGAUUCGAGCAAUUCGUAGUCUCUUACCAGGAGAUGUGGUCGCUGAAAACUACGGCCCGAUAUUCACUAAACGAACUUUGGAGGAACGUCGAAGAACUCUGGCCGGAAGAUAUUGGUUUCGUUGCGAGUGCACCGCCUGUCGCGAAAACUGGCCACGCUUCGAAGCUUUGACCAAUGAUCACGUUAGACUCAGGUGCCCAACCGAGGGUUGUUCGAAACUUCAUCGACGUCUGCGAGAUUUCGAUAGCCCCGUGCAAUGCUCGACUUGUCGUCGGAAAGUCCACCUGAAACAGUCGCUCGACUGCGUGCGCGAAUGCGAGCAGCUGUACGCACGAGGAUUCGCCGCGAUGGAAGAAGAAGAACCGGAAAGAGCGUUGAAGGCGUUCUUCGAAGCAGCGAACAAGUUUCAUCGAGUCGCGGUACCGCCCCAUAAGGACACCCACUUGGCCGAAAUUGCAGCGAGUGCCUGCAUGGCGGACGAAGGCACCGUCUACCGGCUCGACUCAUUGUCUUCCGAGUCUUUGCAUAUUCGUUGAUGCCUGUCAUCUAGAACGAUCAAUGUAACGGAGUGGACUAUGACGAAAAGAGAACAGAGACGACUGAUGGUUGCUGAUAAAACUUUGUCUUUAUCGA